UCGAUUGGUUUAGCCUGAUGCAUAUAAAUAAGAUGAAGCGGCCAAGGUUGAGAUUACAGCAGCGCCAAAGGGCAGGUUACAUUGUAUAUCAGGAUAGGAUAGUGCAAAAAUUCUACUUCCAUGGAAUCACCACAAUGACUGCGGAAAACUUAAAAUCCCUGGUAAAAAGGCAGUUACCAUUCAGUGGUUUUGCCAGUUUUCAGGGUAGAAGGGGAAAAGGCCAUGCAAUUGGAACUGACCAAGAAAACUUGCUUUCAACUGACCAACAACUGACGUUGGAAAACAUAAGGCAUUUCAAAGCUAAGUUGAAAAAAGUCGCUAUUCUCCCGACUGUCCAAGAGAUCCAGGAGUCCGCCGAUGGACCUCAAUGCGAAAGCACCGAGGAGCCAGAACAGGUUAAGAAGACAUCAGGUUCUAAAAAAGUUCACAUUGCUUUAAUUCCAGACAGAUAUGAACCUUUGAUCGAGUCUUUGGGAGAGAAUCCGAAUGAGGAGAGCAAAACGGCCAAAAAAUUCAAAAGGAAGCAAAAGCUUAAAAAGUGCAAGAAGAACAUUUUAAAAGUCCUGCGUGCUGGAUGGAAUUACUUUGUACUUGGCGUUCAAGAAUUUGCACAAAAUUACACAAUGCCAUACGCAACCUCUUUUACUGUGAUUUCUGAGAUGCGUUGAAGGACUGAGAGAACAUUGGAAGAUUUCAUACAUUGUUGAAUUUCUAUGUUAAUGAUGCAAAAUUAUAUGUUUGUAACUUUAAAAUAUCACUUUAUGCUCAACCUGAAUCUGUACAGUUAUUAUAAAUUUAAAUGAUGGUUUUCUUAGAAGCCAAUACGAAAGGCUAUAGUAGAUGCUGGCAUCAUGAAUCUCCUAUUCACUCAUUACCAUUUUUGUAGGCUAAUCAGUUACCCUAAGGCAGAUAGACUUUGUUCAUGAUUGCUGCAGCAAAUAUAUUGUACUAUCACAGACCUGUAUUCACAAAUGUUCAUUUUUAGAUGUAAGCUUGUUCUCAUUCUAAUUGCUAUUAAA